UUUAAACUUUUAUUCUUCAAUUGUAUUUUAAAUAAAAGGGUGGCAAGAAAUAAAGAGAAAAAGAGUUGAUUAAAGAUUAAAGAGUCUUGAUUGAUGCCAUGAUGCUCCCAAUUUACAUCACUGCUUUGUGUGUUCUACAUUUUUCUUCUUGUUUUCCAUUACAAGAUGAUUAUAACAAGGAGCACACUGUUAUUGUGUUUGGAUUCAGUGGACUUAGAUGGGAUUUUUUAAAGAACACAGAGUUACGUGCGUUUAAACAUCUUUUGAAUCAUGGCGCGAUUGCGAGACGGAAAAUCGAUGCUUUUCAAACUGAAAGUUUGCCAUCUUUUACCACUUUGGUUACUGGGCUCCAUCCGGAGUCUCAUGGAAUGAUGGCAAAUAAGAUGAAAGACAGAAAAAGCGGCGAGUUGUUUGAUGUAGAAAACACAGAUUUAAAAUGGUGGAAAAAUGUUGAACCAGUUUGGGUAACAAACUCCAAGAAUGGGAGUUAUAGCGCGUUGUGUUAUUGGCCAGGUUUUGAUGCAAAUCACAAGGGAAAUAAAACUAAAUACUAUUGUUCAAAAGAACAUACUGUGGACCCAUUCAAAGAGUUAAUAUAUAAAGAAAAAAUACAUCGUAACGUCAUGAGUUUUGAAGAGAGGUUAGAAAAAGUCAAAACAUGGCUACAACUCAAGAAUAAGAGACCAACAUUUAUCGGCGUUUAUUUCGAGGAGCCCUUAAAGUCCAUGAUGGAAUUCGGUUUAGGCUCUAAUGAAACAAAAAUCGCUUUCCAAAGCAUUAACAACGUCACUCAAGCAAUGAUUGACUUUUUAAAGAAGCACAAAAAGUUUGAAAGUUACAAUUUUAUUGUGACUGGCGAAUCUGGUGUAACCGAAUUGAAAAAACACCAGGAGAUUUACCUUCAGGAUUAUUUGGAUGAUAAUGACGUAAGCAAGUACACCAUAGUUGACGACGGACCUAUUAUGAGCAUUUUCCCAAAAAGAGAUCAAGAUCGUGAAUAUCUCCUUAACAAAUGGACCGGCGCUCACAAGCAUUUCACUGUAUAUAAUGGAGAUAAACUACCAAAAUCGUUUCAUUACACCAAUGAAAAUCUAACGGCACCGAUUAUUAUUGUUGCUGAUGAAACAUGGCGGCUAUACGACAGUCGUGUUGUUGAUAGCAAAAAAGCUUUAAUGGGUUUCGACGGUAAAUUUCCAUCUGCACAUUCAUUGUUUUUAGCGCACGGCCCGGCUUUCAAAAAUAUCGAUGUUGAUGCUAUUGGUAACGUAGACGUGUAUGCGAUGCUUUGUGAAGCAUUAAAAAUAAAGCCCCAUCCACACUCUGGAAAUAAGACGAAUAUAGAUAAAUUUAUGAAAAGGAAGGAAAAAUGGUACGUUACGAUUGUAAAGAAGGUGACCAACUCAACAACAGGAUUAACCGUUGCAAUCAUCGUAGCGGUGAUAUUAUUAUUCAUAGCGCUGUACUUGAUCAUUGCAGCUAUUUACAAGACGAUCGGAUGGUGUUCUUGUGCUAAAUACCCUCUAAAAGUGAAAAUCAAGUCACCUGGAAAAAGCAAGAAAGGAAAUGGCGGACAGCAUUUGCUAUCGGACGAUGAAGUUUCGUCCGAUGCCUGUGAAAGUGAUGAAGACUUUGGUUUAGGAAAAAAGUAACUGAACUGGUUACUUUACAGAACAAUACAAAGACGAUAAAUUUUGUUAAUUUAUUAGCAACGCAUUUUUUGGCGCGAAGAGACGUAGAUUAAUUACAUGCAAAUGCAUGCAACGAUUUAAAAGUGAGAUGUAUGGAUAAAGUGAUGAAUGGUUUUCGUUUUUGAAACUGAACAAUUGUUAUGACUCAAUCAAAUUAUGUAAUUACAUCUUUUGUGUAGCGUAAUUAGAAUUAAUAAUAAUUUCACUUUCUUUGAUUGGAAAGCAACAUACAAAGUCCGUAUUUUUAAAGGAAACAGUGUGUUUAUGUGUCAAUCCUUGGUACGUUUUCUUCUCACUUGCCUCUCUAAAAAUUUUCGUGAGGAUAAAGGAAUAUCAAAAUUUAAAUGUCAAAAUCAUUGAACAUAAACAUCUUGA